CAGAGCUUCAGGCUGCUGCCUUCUGCCACCAAAAUGAGUUUUUGAGUAUAUGUCCUAAAUGCGUGCCUCUCUGCGAUAGUGGUUCAAAGUCUGUGAUGAGUCGCCUGGACAGGAGAAUAGGCAUCUUCUGGCAGGUGCAGGAGCAGCAUCAGAAAACAGUUGAGUAAGGUGUGGGAAAUGAGCAUUAGAAAACAAUUCUGUAGUCAGAAGUUUUAUGCUUAGGAACAAGGAGGGUUAUUGUGGGUAUAAUGAAUUAAACUUUAUAUCAGGUCCCGCUUUUUACUUUUGCUGUUAGCGCAGCAGCUUUAACCAACUUUCUUAUUCUCCCAAGUGGGCCCUUUAUGCAUUGAUAUCAAGGAGAAGCAGUUUGUAGCCUUGAUGUAUGCUGUCUUGUCAUUUGGGCAUUCACUAGCAUUGAACUCACUUGAGUGGACAGCAAUGUAGUUUAAUCCAUUUCUUAUAAUGUGUAAAUUUUGGUAUUGUGAUAGGUGGAAGCCACUUAUUCUUCAUCUACCCUUUUUUCAGUAUCUGGCACCACCAAUUCUGGCCCAGUCAUUUGUGACCCAUGGCUCUUGCGAUAUGCCGAAGAUUUCCAGGUAGUUUCUGUGGAACGCCUCCCUGUCCAGCUCUAAUCAAGCACCAUGUAAACAAGAAAUUGCCUGGACAAACCUGUAAGGACUGUGUUCUGACUGCCAAAACGAUCAGUACUGACACCAGAACAACAGCCACUCUCAAGUUGUUAAAACCUUUAGGAUAUCGAGCGUUUUGCAGUCCUUUUGCCUACAGCACAGCCCAAAGUGUGACAUAUUGGAAUGUGGGAAGCUACACACAGCCGAGGGGACAGGAGCCUCCAGAACACAGCGGCUUCUGCCAUCCUGCCAAAAAAGUUGAGAACAUUCAUAGCAUUUCCUCCUCUCAGAGGAUCCUGACGACCAGCAGUACCUUCCCAGGUUUGGAAUUCAGCAGGACUUCUGCCUCUAAGGCCAGCACGUUGAAGCCAGGCUCACACAGGGCUGCGGGAGUUGAAGACAAUAUAGAAAUUUUUGAUUCCUUUGAAGACCCCCGAGGUUUCCUACAGCUAAGACCAGAGUACCAGCUUCACAGCUAUAACAGAUCUGAGACUUGCCAGCCCCUGUCUGUUUCAGAAGGUGAAUUAAUUUUGCACAAAGUCACAGUUCAUCAAGAUAAUCUCCAGCCUCAAGUCAUUGCUGAUUAUUUCUGUAAGCUGAGCUCUUUGCCUGCAGAGCAGCAUCCUGUUUUGCUGUCCAGCACCAGCUUUGCUUUGCUCUGCCAGCUGAGUGUGAAAAACAUUCAGUUCUUUGAUGUCCCGGAGUUGAUCAGUAUUUUGAAGGCCUUUGUCAGUUUGGGAAUCCCUCACUCGCAUUCAGUGCUAGGUGUGUAUGAAAUCAGAUUUUGCAGUAAGGUGUGGGAGAUGAGUCUGGAUCAACUUCUCUUGGUGGCCGAUCUCUGGCGAAACUUGGGUCGCAGAGUACCUCGGUUUUUAAAAAUCUUUUUUAGUUAUCUUAAUCUGCACUGGAAAGACCUAUCCUUGUCCCAGCUGAUUCACUUAAUUUAUAUUAUAGGUGAAAGUCGUCAGGCACCCCAAGACCUAAUGCAAAAACUGGAAUCAUUGAUUCUCAAGUACAUAGAUUUGAUCAACUUAGAGGAGGUUGGUACAAUCUGUUUGGGGUUCUUUAAAUCAAGUAGUAAUCUCUCUGAAUACGUCAUGCGGAGAAUUGGAGACUUGGCUUGUGCUGACAUGCAGCAUCUGAGCAGUUAUGCCUUAGUGAAUAUUCUUAAGAUGUUCCGUUUCACUCACGUGGAUCACGGAAAUUUCAUGAAGCAAUUUGGCCAGAUUGCUCCUCAGCGAAUCCCUUUUCUAGGAGUUCAGGGUGUCAUGCACCUGACUCUUGCUUGCUCAGCCUUACGCAUCCUGGAUGAAGGGAUAAUGAACGCUGUGGCUGCGUCUUUGCCUCCAAGGGUGGCAUAUUGCCGAAGUAAAGAUGUUGCCAAGAUUCUGUGGUCAUUUGGAACUCUGAAUUAUAAGCCACCCAAUACAGAAGAGUUUUAUUCUAGCCUGAUAAAUGAGAUUCACAGAAAGAUGCCUGAGUUCAGUCGAUAUCCAGAACACCUGCUCACCUGCCUGCUGGGCCUGGCAUUCUCUGAGUACUUUCCAUUAGAGCUCAUCAAUUUUGCUUUGAGUCCAGGGUUCGUCAAGUUAGCUCAGGAGAGAAGUAAGUUUGAACUCACUAAGGAGCUAUAUACUCUUGAUGGUACAGUUGGCAUCGAGUGUCUAGAUUACAGAGGCAAUCGUCUUAGUGCUCACCUUCAGCAAGAGGGGUCGGAAAUGCUGUGGAAUUUAGCAAGGAAGGAUAUGUGCUCAAAGCCUGAAUUCCUGGAAGCUCUCUUUUUACUAGAGAACAUGUUGGGUGGGCCCCAGUACAUCAAACACCAUAUGAUUUUGCCUCAUACCCGAUCUUCUGACUUAGAGGUCCAGCUUGAUGUUAACAUGAAGCCAUUACCCUUUAACAAAGAAGCCAUACCAAUUAAGGAUGAAGCCAAAUUAAGGCUUAAGCAUGUGGGAGUCAGCAUUACAGAUGAUUUGAUGAAUCAGCUACUAAAAGGGAAAUCAAGAGAAUGUUUCCAGGGAGAGAUUGCAUCAGAGACUGAACAGCGGAAAAGGGAGUUAGAGAACGCACCUAUACCUUCGGGGACCUCCCUUUGCAAUGUGGCAGACAGAUUGGGGGCUAUGGAGAUGGCUGGCCCUUGUCCCCCAGCUUGCACGCAGGCCCCACAAGUGAAGCUGGCUAUUCAGUUGACAAAUAAAAACCAGUACUGCUAUGGUUCCAGGGAUCUGCUUGGACUGCACAAUAUGAAGAGGCGGCAGCUGAAUCGGCUUGGGUACCGUGUAGUAGAGGUAUCCCACUGGGAAUGGCUCCCACUGUUGAAACGAACUCGCUUAGAAAAGCUGAUGUUCCUCCAUGAGAAAGUGUUCACCUCUGCUCUCUGAAGGGCUUUCAGGGACAUUGUUACUCAUAAAGGCUAUCGAGGUAUACUAUGCAAGGUGCUGGGAAACAGUUACAAAAGCCAGCAUGUAGGUUUGGUAAUAAAAUCAUCUGUUGAAGAGACUUAGUUGUGCUCUUGUCAAUGGCAGAGUGACGUUUGUGUGUUACAUGAAUUAAUUGUAACCUGGCCCCAUUGUACAAGUUGUUGCUAAUUUGUGCAGGUAACUAAUAAACAUCGUAAAUUCCCUAUUUUCAAGUAAGUCCUGUCUUAUUUUUCUUCCUCUGUUUACUGGCCUUAUCUCAUGAUUAUUUUGCAUUUGUAAGAUAAAAGGGUAGUCAGACAUUGUCAAAGCUAAUUUUUAAAAAAUGGUUUUCAUAUACUUUAUUUUAAAAUAAGAAUCUUUUGGGGUGCCUGGGUAGCUCAGUCGGUUAAGCAUUCGACUUCGGCUCAGGUCAUGAUCUCACAGUUGAUGAGUUUAAAGCUCCAUGUCGGGCUCUGCGCUGACAGCUCAGAGCUUGGAGCCUGUUUCAGAUUCUGUGUCUCCUCUCUCUGCCCCUCCCUUGCUUGUGUUCUCUCUCAAAAGUAAAAAGUAAAUAAAUAAACAUUUAAAAAAAUAAGGAUCUUUUACAGCUUAAUUUACAUUUCAAGAUUCCCCCCCCCCCACAACCAACCAUGUUCUCUUCACACCCUUUAAAAUUAAAGUCUCAUUCUCCUUUAGAUUUGGUUGGUUGUCCUUAGUUGCUGGUUCUUCCUGUUUUAAACAGCCAGGAUUAAUGUCAUUAUCUUAGCUUAAUUAAUGUCAUUCUCUUAGCCCCCCUUCUUCUGCAUUUCUACUUCUCUUGAAUAAGUUCUCCCUCUCCCCACCCUUCCUCUGGGAUAUUGUCUCUCUAAAAUUGGACUUAGAAGAGUAGAAUUAAAUGACUGCCUGUUGGGCCAUUGAUUCCCAAAUCUGAUGACCGGGCAGAACGUUGUUCAUGACAAGUAACUCAGACAAGAAGGAAAUGCAUUGCCUCCCAUGAGGUGGGCUUCAGGUUUGGUUGCAUUAGAGUUGCAAGCAUAAAGAGAUUGUAUACAUAGACUCUGUAUAUUUGUAUGCAACUUAAUACAAGUAACCUUUGUAAACAUUUGGGAUCUGUGAGAAUUUUAAAAAGGAUCCCUGCCCCCAUUAUUUAGGCCUCCUCUCAAAGCCCGCUUCCCUGCCUGUGCUAAAACAGUACUCCCAGUGGCUUGUGUUUGUGCUCUGUCAUCUUCAGUUUCAUUUUCCUCACCGCACUCAGCAUCAGAAAUUACUCUUUAUGUGUUUACUUAUUACUUUCCCUGUUGGAAGGUGGCCCUUUGAGUUAACUUUGUCUAGUUAACUAGUUAAUUUGUCUCCGGUGCCUUGAAUGGGUCCUGGCACAGAGAUGAUAAUGUUUAGUGAGUAUGGUGUGGGAAUUUAGAGUGGCUGGGCUUUGCUGGAGAGUUGGGGUGGAAAGAAGGCAGAGGGUGAGGCUAGAGAGGUAGAGCAGAUCUGGGUCACAACUAACGGCAUUGCUAAAGAGCCUAAGUCUGUAGGGACUGGAUUUUUUUUAAAGGAGUUUUAAGUCAGCAUAACUGGGCAGAUUCAUGUUGUAGAACGGUUAGGUUAAAAUAAUAGAACUAGAUUGGGGGUGGGGGUGCAUGAGAUACAUCAGAAUAUUUCACAAAUGUGUACAACAGCUCAGGUGAGAGAUAAUGAGGGCCAGAACUAUGGAAUGGCAAGUCUGAGUUUCAGAGAUGUUUGGAAGGGGAAAAAGGCAAGACUUGCUAAUUGGGUGAAUUAGGGGAUGAUGAUUUUGGUGCCUACAUUGAUACGGAGUCCUCAACUAAAAUUGGAACCAAAGCAGGAGAGGUGUUUGGUUAGAGGGUUAAUCUGUGCUGGUCAUGCUAAGAUGAGCCUCCAGGCAGAAAUCUCCAGGCUGGGGUCUCAAAUGGGGAUGAGGACAGGUGGCUGUCAGAACCACAAGUGAGUGAAGUUGCCUGGGACAGGCGGGAAGGAGGUUAUUGUGGGUUGGGGAGCAGGGGAGAGAAGAUACCAAGAAUAGAAUACCAGCAUUCUGGUAUUCUGGUAGGGAGGACCAAGUAAAGGGGACCCAGUGGUAAAGAUAACAAAAGAAGAUAUAAUUAGACUUCAGGAAAAAUGGUAGCAUAGAAGUUUGUCAAGGGUCCCCAAACCACCCUCACUAGAAGGAUUCACGGAACUCAGGAAAGCUGUUACAUUUACAGUUACAGUUUAAUUACAAUGAAAGGCUACAGAUUAAAAUCAGCAAAGGAAAAAGACGCAUAGUGUGGAGUCUGGGAGAGACCAGGCACAAGCUUCUGGUUGUCCACUUCCGGUGGAGUCAUGUGGACAGCUCUUAAUUUCAUCCCAGCAAUGAUGCCAACAUUUACCAGUACUGCCGACCAGGGAAAGCUCACCUGAGCCUGCGCAGGGUUUUUAUUGAGGGGGGUCUGUCAUGUAGGCAUGGAGUACCCACGUGGCUGACCUCAUUUGGUCCCCAUCCCUCUCAGAGGGCCAACUGAUAAAGCAUGGCCCAAGGCCCCCACUAUUGGUAUAAACUGUCUGGUAUAAACUGAGACCCAAGGUCUCAGGUGUAUGCAGACAGUCUUAACAUGAAGGAUGUUCAAAGAGUUUAGAGAUUAUCCCUAAGGAGCUGGUGAAGGGCCAGUUUUUUUGGAAUGUGCAGGAUUUGAACAGACCAAACCUGCUGAGUUAAAUUUUUGCUGCACAGAAGCCAAUGGGAAAGGAGAAUAUUGCAAAAAGGAGACGAUUUGCAUCAUGUCAAUUGCUGGGGAGAGAGCAGUUAAGGCAAGAACCAGAAAUCUCCAGUAAAUUUGGCAACUUGGACAUCACUGAUGGCAUUAACAAUAGCAGUUUGAGUUGGAUUGUUAGGGCAAAAGCCAGACACUCCUGUUGAAUAAUGAGAGUUAAGGAAUGGGUUGCAAAUGCUGACACAAUUCCUUGAGAACUUUUGAAGAGAAGGGGAACCUUGAGCAGGAUGCACAGUGAGACUAGGAUCGCCAGAUGAAACACAGAAUGUCUAGUUAAGUUUGAAUUUCAGAUAAGUAACGGAUAAUGUUUUGUGGUAAAAUACAGAUAAAAUUGGCCAUUUUGUAGAAAAGUGUGUCAUUCAGUGACAGUGCAUUGAUGGUGUCGUGCAACCAAUCACCACUAUCUAGUUCAAGAACAUUUUUUCACCCCAAAAGAAAACUCCAUACCCAUUAAGC